AUGGCGCAGCGUCGCGCGUGGUUCUCCGCUAAUGAACUGCCAGAGGCGGAGGAGACGUCGUUCAUGGACAUGAUCUGGGAGUCGCUCGAGGACCGCAUGGUUCAGAUCCUAAUCGUCAGUGCUGUGGUCUCGCUCGUGCUGGGGCUAACAGUGCCGGAUCAGGACACGGGGCUUGUGGACUAUGCCCAUGGCUGGAUCGAGGGCACCGCCAUCCUGCUCUCCGUCACCAUCGUUACUCUCGUCAGCAGCAUCAACAACUACCAAAAGGAGCAGAAGUUCAAGGAGCUGAGCAAGGCCACACCGCCGGUGAAGGUGCAGGUGGUCCGCUCCGGCACCACACUGGACAUCACGGACAAGGAGCUACUCUCCGGCGACCUGCUCAAUGUCGCUGCGGGUGACGUGCUGACAGUAGACGGCCUCGUCCUGCGGAGCACCUCGCUGAAGGUGGACGAGUCUGCUGCGACCGGCGAGAACGACGACGUGGCUAAGUCGGCGCACGGCGACUUUGUGCUCCGCUCAGGCUCGAACGUUACGGAGGGAGAGGGCACGAUCCUCGUUAUGGGGGUUGGCGUGCACUCGUUUGCGGGACACAUCGCAAUGCAUGUGCGGGAGGCGAAGGAGGAGACACCGCUGCAGCACAAGCUGGAAGAGCUUGCGAACCUCAUCGGCUACAUGGGCAUGGUCGCCGCCGGGCUCAUGUUUGUGCUGCUCAGUGGCAAAGAGCUUCUGGACACGGUUGUCUACCGCAAGCACCCGUUCGGCUACAAGAAGUACCUCGACAACUUGAUGACGGCGGUGACAAUCGUGGUCGUGGCGGUGCCGGAGGGGCUGCCGCUCUCCGUCACCAUUGCACUCGCCUACAGCAUGAAGCAGAUGUUUAAGGAGAACAACCUUGUCCGGCACCUGGCGGCCUGUGAGACCAUGGGUGGCGCAACCACAAUCUGCACCGACAAGACCGGCACCAUAACCCAGAACAACAUGUCCGUGACUGACGGCGUGACGGCGUACGGUGUUGCGUAUGUGGUGCCCCGCAGGCCGUCCACCUUUGCCGGAGAGGAUGAGAAGGGGAGCAGCGGGACACUGGCCCCACUUUCACCGCUGCUGCAGGCGUCCACGUCCAUGAACGUGUCUGAGGCUCUCGGCGGCGCGCAGGCCGCUGGUGUGCGCCGGCUUCUCAUGGAGUGCAUCGUCAUGAACACCAAGGCUACCUGGGUCCGGGUGGAGUCGCUCGACGCUAAGCAGGCGACGGUGAGGCUCACUGGCAGCAAAACAGAGCAGGCGCUGCUGAACUUUGUGGAUGCGCUGGGCGAAGACCCGAUGCAGCUGCGCAGCGAGCGGCUGUCGAGGCUCAAUGAGGAGGCAAUGCGUACACCGUCGUCUCCGUUCUCGCUGGUGCCGUGGCCUACGGGGCUGGAGGGGACGAGCAGCAACGUCGUAGCCGCCGCAGCGACUUUCACUAAGGAUCUCCGUAUCUACCCCUUCACCUCGGCGCGCAAGCGGAUGGCGACGGCGCUGGUGCUUCGACCGGAGAAGCUGGUACGAUACUACGUAAAGGGGGCGAGCGAGCUGAUCCUGGCCGCGUGCACACACACGUACGAUGCGCAGGGCGAGCGCGUUGGUCUCUCCCACGAAGUGCGCAUGCGGCUGGAGGAGGCGAUCAUGGCCAUGGCGCGCCGCCAGCUACGCACGCUCGCCAUCGCCUACACAGACUAUUCGCUGUCGGCCGACUGCAGCGCCACACCGCAGGGCUCCAGCGACAGCGAUGAGGGCGGCGCCGCGCCGUCGUCGCCUUUUCUGGAGGACGAUACACAGUUGACGGGGCUGACGUUGGUGGGCAUCGUAGGAAUUCGCGAUCCGGUGCGCCUCGAGGUGCCUGGGGCUGUGGCGCAGUGCCGUCGGGCCGGCGUGGUUGUGCGCAUGAUCACUGGCGACAACAAAGCCACAGCUGUGAGCAUUGCCAAGGAGGUGGGCAUCUACGGCAAGGUCUGGUCCGGGCCUGCGGAAGGGGAGCAAGGGCUGGCGCUGGAGGGGCCGCAGUUCCGCGAGCUGGCAAAGAGCGCGCGAAAGCUGAAUGCCAUUCUGCCCCGUCUGCAGGUCAUCUCCCGCGCAUCCCCGAUGGACAAACACAUCCUCGUCUCAGCCUUGAUGACGCGCGGCGAGGUGGUGGCGGUCACCGGCGAUGGCACCAACGACGCGCCGGCGCUGAAAGGUGCCAACGUUGGGUUCUCCAUGAACUCCGGCACGGAGGUUGCAAAGCUCGCUUCCGACGUCGUCAUCCUGGACGACAACUUCAGCACCAUCGUGACCGCGAUGAAGUGGGGUCGCAACGUGCACGACAACAUCUGCAAGUUUCUUCAGUUCCAAAUGACCGUGAACGUGGCCGCCGUCGUGGUGUCGUUUACUGGCGCGCUGCUGGACCGCAACGGCGAUUCCCCGCUGAAGCCGGUGCAGCUCCUGUGGGUGAAUCUAAUCAUGGACACGCUGGCCGCCUUGGCGUUGGCGACGGAGACGCCGUCGGACGAGGUGCUCCUGCGGCCGCCGAAGCCGAAGGCGGCCCCGCUCAUCACCCGCCGUAUGUGGCUGAAUAUUGCCGGCCAGUCCCUCUACCAGAUUCUCAUCCAGCAGUACCUGCUCUUGGGCGGCGCCAACACUUUGGGGCUCGCUGUGCGAGACUCGGAGGAGUUGCACACUCUCAUCUUCAACGUCUUUGUUCUGAUGCAGCUGAGCAACGAGUUCAACGCCCGCAUCCUCGACAACUCCGUGGGCUUCUGGCACAACCUGGGCAAUGCUCCGAUGUUCAUCACUGUUGUCGGGACAAUGUUUCUCAUUCAAAUCGUCAGCGUGCAGUACGGCGGCACCCUCAUGCAGUGCGUGCCUCUUCCGCUAGCCUCGUGGGUGACGUCCCUCGCCCUCGGCGUUGUGCCGCUUCUCCUCGGCUUUGUGCUGCGCAGGAUCGGCGUUGUCGAGAGGGAGAUUCCGCCGCCGCCGCCAGUGGUGGACACGGAGGAGGAGGCGGCACUGCAGCUGGCGUUGAAGCAGCACGUCUGCCCCACGCUUCAGGACACCGCGAGGAAAGUGCGGAUGCAACUGCGGGUGCUGAGGGCCUUUCGUACGAAUGCUCAGGAACAGAAGGCAUCACGGACUCAAAGCAGCUAA